AUGGUGUUGACUGUAAUAGUUUUACUGCCCUCUGAGCAAAACUACUGCGUUAAACGUGUUGCAAUAACAUCUAAUGACGCUGAAUGGUCAAAAGAAGUACGCGUGGAGAAUACAGCAAUUACCGAUCCAGACGAUGAUGCCACGACGUUCAGCUCCACGGUUUCAAAGACGAAAAAAAGGAAGUAUGAUGAAUCAUAUAUCAGUUUCGGAUUUGUUGAUUUCAACGGCUCACCUCUCUGCAUGUUAUGUAGUAAACUGCUUCCUAAUAGUUCCACGGCACCUGCCAAAUUGCGCAGACAUUUAGAAACUGUACACCCCGAGUCUAAAGACAAGAAUAAAGAAUUUUUUGUUCGUAAAAAAGAACAGUUAUUGGAAAGUCAAAAAAAUAUGAUGCAUGUAACACAAACUAUCAAUGAAAAGGCCACGGAGGCAUCAUAUUUAGUUAGCUAUCGCAUUGCACAAGCAGGUGAAGCGCACACUAUCGCUGAGAAUUUAAUAAAGCCAUGUGUGUUAGACAUAACAAAAUGUAUGCUCGAUGAAAAAUCUGCAAAGCAUCUUUCUACUGUACCGCUAUCAAACGAUACUGUUUCACGGCGAAUCCAUGAUCUGCCAAGCUACGUCAAACAAGAACUAGUUGCACGUCUACAAAAACACGAUUCGCCUUGCAAAUGGAUGAGUCAACUGUCACUGGUCAGGCUAUCUUGCUCGUCGUUAUCGUAA